AUGGAGGAGAGUAGAUUUGGAAUUCUUUCGGAGGAACAAUUACAAUCAAUUAUUAACAACAAAGUAUGUUUGAACACAAAAGCAGUGGUAAAAACAGCGACAAAAAUACUGAAAACGUAUCUCAAUGAAAGAGACUUAGGAGACAUUGACGAUCUGGUAAAUGUUUCAUCAGAACAAUUGAACCUAUGUUUACGGAAAUUUUACGCAGAGUUGCGGAAAGUAGACGGAACUAAAUAUGCAAGAAAGUCUAUGGUGACUAUUAGAAAUGGACUUCAACAACAUUUCAUAAAAACUCGAAGCGAAGAUAUCAUCAGUGAAGAUAGGUUUAACACCUCAAGCGCACUGUUCAAAGCCGUUUUAGUCCAACUCAAGAAAGCCGGGGUCGGUGAAACCAAAUCCAAGGAACCUAUAGUUAUAGAAGAUAUGGAGAAACUUUAUGAAUCAGCCGCAUUUUCGGUAGAUACUUCGGAAGGACUUCAGAACAAAACGUUAUUUGAGUACUUGUAUUACUUUUGUAACCGAGGAAGAGAAAAUCUGCGGGAAGUCCAAAAAUCAGAUUUUUGUAUUGCUGUGGAUCCUUCCAAAAGAGAAUACGUAUCCGUUAUAAACAAACAAACCAAGAAUCACAGAGGGUAUGAUAUACACAACAAAGAUCAUAAACAAAGCCGAAUGUACGACAGACCAGGCGAUUCAAGGUGUCCUGUUGCCUCAUUCAAGAAAUACUUGUCAAAGCUGCAUUCAUCUAAUCCCAAUUUUUGGCAAAGACCUAAAAGAAAGUAUUCCGAUGAUGAAGACACUUGGUACGAAAAUUCUGCACUCGGAAAAAACACGCUAUAUUCUAUUAUGUCCCGUGUAAGUGAGGAUUACACCCUGUCCAAACGUUACACAAAUUAUUGUGUUCGGGCCACCUCAAUCACUGUCCUAGACCACAAGGGUGUUGAAGCACGCCACAUUAUUGGUGUCAGUGGACACAAAAGUGAAACCUACAUUAAAUUAUACAGUUCUCACUUGAGCGAGGACAAAAAGCGUCAAAUGUCCGACAUUCUAAGUGAUAAUGUACCCCCCCCCCCCCCCCCCGCAAAGCGAUCUGCAAGAUGUGAACAGUUCGAACCAUUAAGAUAA